AUGAUAGAGAUCCAAAAAAUUAGUAAGUCAACAUAAGGUGAUUCUUCAUUAAAUAAGUCAACAUAGAAUAAAAUUUAGAGCACUUCUAAGUCUAAUAAUGAAGAAAGAUAAAAAGAUUUUUGUAAAUUAUAAGCAUUACUUGAACCAAAAACAAAAAUAGAUAAAACUUUGAAAUCUAAUACACAUCAUAAAGUUUAGUAAUAAAGUAUUCCAGAAUUAAAGAUAAAAGAUCCCAAUAAAAAUAAACAUAAUAAUAAUGUCAUAACAAAGAAACAUGAUGAAUAGAAAAAGUAAAUAAAAGAACUUAUUGUUAAACAUAAGGUUCCUGAAAAACAUAAUUCUAAAUAAGAAAUAGCUAAAUAUGACAAAAUUUAGAAGCAAAUUAAAACCAAUACUUCAAAUUCUACAUAAUAAGUAACUAAAUAAAAAGAAGAAAAGGAUUCUUCUUAUGAGCCAUUAAAAAUACACAAGCCAAUAAUUAAAGAAAAAAAAGUAAUUUAGAAAGAUGAUGAUGAAUUACAAGAGUAAUAGAAUGAGAUUAUUAUAUAAAAGAAGAAUCAACAAAAUAAUGACAAGCAAAUUUCUAUAAAGAAGGAUGUUGUUGAUGAAUCAAAAAAAGUAUUGCCUUAAGUUGAAGGAUAAGUAAAUUAAUUAUAAUAGAAAUAAUAACUUAAAAAAAGUCUUGGAGAUGAAAAGCUUAUGUAAUUGUUAUUAAGUUCAUCUAAUAAAAAUACUAAAAAGAAUAAAAAUAAAGAUAAAUAAAAAUAAGAGCAAACAAAAUCAAAAGAAAUAAAAAAUUAAUAAACUAAUUAAUCUAUCAAUAAGGAUAAAAUCAAAGAAUUAUAGAAUAAAAUUUCAAAACCUUUUUCAAUUAAACCUUAAAUCAAAGAUUUAAGUAUUUAAAAAAACAUUAAACAAAUGAAUCAUGUUAAUGAUGAUUAUGAUCUUGAUGAUUCUUUUAUUAAUGAUUCAGAAAGUGUAGAUGUUGAAAUUGAUCCAUAAGAAAUAGUCACAGAAUUAAAAAAAUUGUAAAGGUAUAUGUUAAGUUCAUAAAAGUAGAAAAAAAGAAGGAAGAAAAUAGGGUGAUAUGGAUGAUGACAUUGAAGAGGCUGGUUUUGAUGUAAUGUAAAGGGAAGAAAAAAAAUCUAGAGUAUUGGGAAUAAUAGAUGAUUAUAGAGAAGAGAAAUAUAUAAAGAAGGAAAUAAAAAAAGAAAAGAAAUAAAAGAAAAAGUUAUUGGAAAUGAAAAGUAAAUAGGAAAAUUAAAAGAAAGAUUGA